ACCUCCUGGCGCCCCGCCUGCGCCUCAGGACCCGCGGGGCCGUGCGGCGCAUCCUGCGGGCGGCUGCGGCGGCGGCGGGCGCGGCCCCGGCAGAGGGACGCAAGAUGAUGAAGUUUCGGUUCCGGCGGCAGGGCGCUGACCCGCAGCGCGAGAAGCUCAAGCAGGAGCUCUUCGCCUUCAACAAGACCGUGGAGCAUGGCUUCCCCAACCAGCCCAGCGCCCUGGCCUUCGACCCCGAGCUUCGCAUCAUGGCCAUUGGCACCAGGUCUGGGGCCGUCAAGAUCUAUGGCGCACCUGGUGUGGAAUUCACAGGCCUGCACCGAGAAAUGGCCACCGUCACCCAGAUGCACUUCCUGCCUGGCCAGGGCCGCCUCCUGACCCUGCUGGACGACAGCAGCCUGCAUCUCUGGGAGAUCGUCCACCGUAACGGCUGUGCCCACCUGGAGGAAGCGCUCAGCUUUCAACUGCCCGGGCGGCUGGGCUUUGACAGUGCCAGUGGCCCGCCCGCCCUUGCCCACAUCACAGUGAUCCUCCUUGUGGCUGCUGGCAACAUGGCAGCCCUGGGCACUGAAGGUGGCAGCGUCUUCUUCCUGGAUGUUUCCACCUUGAUGCUGAUUGAGGAUCAGACCCUUGGCCCUGAGGAGGUUCUGCGAAGUUUGCCAGAUGACUACCGGUGCGGGAAGGCCCUGGGCCCCGUGGAGUCCCUGCAAGGACACCUGCGGGACCCCACCAGGAUUCUCAUUGGCUACAGCCGGGGCCUGCUGGUCAUCUGGAACCAGGCAGCACAGUGUGCAGACCGCGUCUUCCUGGGGAGCCAGCAGCUGGAGAGCCUCUGUUGGGAGCGCAGUGGCAGCACGCUGGUCAGCUCACACAGCGAUGGCAGCUAUGCCAUCUGGUCUGCGGACACUGGCAGCUCUCCGGUAAUGCAACCUACAGUAGCCACCAUGCCCUACGGCCCCUUUCCCUGCAAAGCCAUCAACAAGAUUCUGUGGCGGAACUGUGCAUCUGGGGGCCACUUUAUCAUCUUUAGCGGCGGCAUGCCCCGUGCCAGCUAUGGUGACCGCCACUGUGUGAGUGUGCUCCGGGCUGACACUCUGGUGACACUGGACUUCACCUCCCGCAUCAUUGACUUCUUCACGGUGCACAGCACGCGGCCAGAGGAUGAGUUCGACGAGCCCCAGGCCCUGGCUGUGCUGCUCGAAGAAGAGCUGGUGGUGCUAGACCUGCAAAUGCCCGGCUGGCCGGUGGUGCCUGCUCCGUACCUGGCCCCAUUGCACUCGUCUGCUAUCACCUGCUCGGCCCACGUUGCCAACGUCCCUGCCAAGCUGUGGGCCCGCAUCGUGAGCGCUGGGGAACAGCAGAGUGCCCAGCCUGCCUCCAGUGCCUCGAGCUGGCCCAUCACCGGGGGCCGGAACCUGGCCCAGGAACCAUCUCAACGAGGGCUGCUGUUGACUGGCCACGAGGACGGCACUGUGCGGUUCUGGGACGCCUCUGGCGUGGCGCUGCGGCCGCUUUACAAGCUGAGCACAGCUGGCCUCUUCCAGACAGACUGUGAGCACGCCGACAGCCUGGCCCAGGCCCCCGAGGACGACUGGCCGCCCUUCCGCAAGGUGGGCUGCUUUGACCCCUACAGUGAUGAUCCCCGACUCGGGGUGCAGAAGGUGGCACUCUGCAAGUAUACAGCUCAGAUGGUGGUGGCCGGCACUGCAGGCCAGGUGCUGGUGCUGGAGCUCAGUGACAUGCCAUCAGAGCAGGCGGUCAGCAUGGCCAGUGUGGACCUCCUCCAGGACCGAGAGGGCUUCACGUGGAAGGGCCAUGAGCGGCUGAGCCCGCGCACAGGGCCCUUGCCCUGGCCUGCCGGCUUCCAGCCCCGAGUGCUGGUUCAGUGUCUGCCACCAGCCGCCGUCACCGCUGUCACGCUGCACACGGAGUGGAGCCUCGUGGCCUUUGGCACCAGUCAUGGCUUUGGUCUCUUCGACUACCAGCGCAAGAGCCCUGUGCUGGCCAGGUGCACGCUUCACCCCAAUGACUCCCUGGCGAUGGAGGGGCCGCUCUCCAGGGUGAAGUCGCUCAAGAAGUCACUGCGCCAGUCUUUCCGGCGCAUCCGUAAGAGCCGAGUCUCGGGCAAGAAACGGGCUGUUAACACCAGCAGCAAGCUGCAGGAGGCCAACGCGCAGCUGGCAGAGCAGGCCUGCCCCCACGACGUGGAGAUGACCCCCGUGCAGCGGCGCAUCGAGCCCCGCUCAGCCGAUGACUCCCUCUCGGGCGUGGUGCGCUGCCUCUACUUCGCUGACACGUUCCUUCGAGAUGCGGCCCACCACGGACCCACCCUGUGGGCAGGCACCAACUCGGGCUCUGUGUUCGCCUACGCGCUGGAGGUGCCGGUGGCGGUGGCAGGCAGCGAGAAGCGGCCCGAGCGAGCGGUGGAGGCUGUGCUGGGCAAGGAGGUGCAGCUGAUGCAUCGUGCGCCUGUGGUGGCCAUUGCCGUGCUGGAUGGGCGUGGCCGCCCGCUGCCUGAGCCCUUCGAGGCCUCUCAGGACCUGGCCCAGGCGCCGGACAUGCAGGGUGGCCAUGCAGUGCUCAUCGCGUCUGAGGAGCAGUUCAAGGUGUUCACACUACCCAAGGUGAGCGCCAAGACCAAGUUCAAGCUGACAGCCCAUGAGGGCUGUCGUGUGCGCAAGGUGGCACUGGCCACAUUCGCCAGCGUGGCUUGCGAGGACUAUGCCGAGACCUGCCUGGCCUGCCUCACCAACCUGGGUGACGUGCACGUCUUCUCAGUGCCGGGCCUGAGGCCCCAGGUGCAUUACUCCUGCAUCCGGAAGGAGGACAUCAGCGGCAUCGCCUCCUGUGUCUUCACGCGCCACGGCCAGGGUUUUUACCUGAUUUCCCCAUCGGAGUUUGAACGCUUCUCCCUAAGUGCCCGGAACAUCACAGAGCCGCUCUGUUCUCUGGACAUCUGCUGGUCCCAGGGUGCUGCCCAUGCCAGCUACAAACUCCAAGAGUCGCCCAAGCUGAGCCAGGCUAACGGGACCCCCGGCGUCCUCCUGGCCGCACAGAGCCGUGAUGGAAGCCCCAAUCCUGUCUGCAGCAAAAGAGCUGGCACCCCAGAGCGGCCUGAGGCCAUGCUCUCGCCCAUGUCCAUUGACUCGGCCAUCAGUGCUGACACCACUCUGGACACAACAGGGGACAUGACGGUGGAGGAUGUGCAGGAUUUCCUGGGCUCUCCGGAGGAGACGGAGAAGAAUCUGAGGAACCUGGUGGAAGACAAGGCUCGAGCCUGUGCCAUCCUGAUUAAAUGAGGGAGCCAGAGCUACCUAGCUGCCACUGCCUUGCUUGGAGCUGGGAUCCAGGAUCUGUGUCUCCUCCCAGCCCUUCGCACAGACUAUGCCUGCUAACCUGAGGGCCCCAGUGGCACCUGCACACUUCGGCCCCAGGGUGUGGGCCUGGAACUCUGGGGUGGACUUGGACUGGCCUCUCCUACAGGCAGUCCCUGGAAGCCAGGUGCCACAGGGGACAGCUGGGGCUGGCAGCCCGUGCCACCACCUCCACACACCGUCCUUCCCCCUCCUUUUGCAAAGAAUAUUUUUCUAAUGCCUGGACUGGACAGCGCUGGGCUGGACUCUCAUUUCUAAAACUAUUUUGGUACUUGUUCCUGGGCUAGCAUGUCCCCCUCCUCCCACCCUCUACAUGAGUGUGUGUGUGUGAGAGAGAGACUGGGAGCUCCCUUGGCACCAGAACUGGGGCCCAGUCAGGUAUGCGUAUGUGGGGGUCAGAAUGGGUUUCCCUGUAGAUUGUACCUUGGGGGUUUUCUGUAAUUUUGUUAACAUUAGCACUGUUUU